AUGGGUUCUCCGGAUACAUCAGUGGCAAGCACAUCUUCCGCUGCUAUUGUGAAGGGAAAGGAUAAAGGGAAAGUUCAAGUAAAAGCAGGAAGCAAUUGGAAGAAACUUCACAAAAGUCUAAGGAAUGAUCAACCCAGCGACACGAAGAAAAGACAAUGGUUGCAUUCAAAUGGCAAACGGAAAGAUAACGGUAGUGCAUUAAAAGCUUCAGAGUCAGAUUCACGUACCUCAUCACCAGCACCAACGACUCUACCAUGGUUUGCUGAAGAUUUAUCUCCCGAGGAUUUGGCAUUAGUGCGGAUGAACAGUGGACAGGCUUCAGGUUCCACUUCGAGCAAAGGCGAUACCAAUGGAAAGGAAGCGUCAGAUACCUUAUCAAAGGAUGAACAAGAAGCAGCAAGAAGGCGCAUCAUACUUGGAGGAGAAGGGCUAUCACAAGGAAAGGCUGAAGCGGGCACUUAUAUCGCAAUGGAUUGUGAAAUGGUGGGUGUCGGUCCAAACGGAUCCGAAUCAGUUCUGGCACGUUGUUCGAUCGUAAAUUGGCAUGGUGCAGUUCUUCUCGACACGUUUGUUAGGCCUCAAGAAAAAGUGACUGAUUAUCGUACUUGGGUUUCAGGUGUAAGGGCAAAAGAUUUGAAAGGCGCUCCUCAAUUUGCAGAAGUACAAGAGAAAGUUGCCAAUUUGAUCAAAGGAAGGAUAUUGGUCGGACAUGCUUUACAUAAUGACUUGAACGCUUUGUUGCUCAGCCACCCGAAGAACAUGACCAGAGACACAGCAUCAUAUGAAGGUAGUCGAAAGAUUGCAAACACCAAAUACCCAUCCUUGCGAAAGUUGGUAGAGUUGAAGCUCGGCCUAAUAAUUCAAAAAUCAGGAUCGGAACACAGCUCUGUAGAAGAUGCUCGUGCAACAAUGGCUCUCUACAGAAGCUUUCAUGCUGAAUGGCAGCAGACUCUGAACGGAGCGGGUACUGCAGGUCGGAAGAGAAAGUCAUCUACGUCCUCAAAUACACAGAUAAUAGGAAAAGGUUGGAAGAAAGCCAAAGAUGAUUCAGGGUCAUCGGGUAACUCUGUGAGAAAAUCUAGUAAGAGUGCAGCCCCUGACGAUCCAGAAUGGUGGAACAAGCUCUAG